CCACAAAACACCACUCAGAAUGAAGACAUUAUCGCACAAUAACACAAUCGUACAAAACUUCCAUAUUGCCUUCACAUCAAGCGCUGUUUCUACUUAAAAACUGUUUGUCGCUGCCGAAAUUGUUGUAUCUCCUUAGAACCUCACCCUGCUGGCAAUUCCCGGAAGAAUUGAAGAAAUUUGAUGAAGUCAUCCGUGCGAAAACAGAACAGCUGACCAAUGUGGCAAUGAUCAGCUCAGUCUGGACACAAGCCUCGCUACCUACAAAAUUUGGAGGCCUGGGACUGGUCUGUGCAGCGGACGUCGCGUUAGCUGCCUAUGCGGCAUCGGUUCACGGAGCGGCCGACAUGGUGUGCUGCAUUACGGGCAACGCCUCUAUGAAAGAAAGGACCAACAAGCUAACCGAAGAGUGGAGUGGACGUUAUUCCCUGGAACCCCCGCGGAUAGAAAGCCGACACCUUCAGUCGGCCUGGACAGCACUGCAACAGACCCAGACAGCAUCCCGCAUGAUGGAGAAUGCCGACGUAUUUACCUCUGCUCGCUUGUUGGCUGCAUCCUCACCGGAAUCGCGUGCCUGGUUGUCUGCUUUGCCGGUAACAAUAUUUGGAAAUUUACUGGAGGAUGCCCACUUACGAAUAGCCGUGGCGCGCCGGCUGGGAGCUCCAGUAUGUCAGAUGCACGUGUGUCGAUGCGGCAGUACCGUGGACAGUCUCGGACACCAUGGCCUGGUCUGCAAGCUGGCGAAAGGAAGGCUCGGUGUCCACGCCGUUCUGAAUGAAGCAACCAAGCGGGCUUUGACUUCGGCAAAAGUGCCUUCCUCACUCGAGCCGGUGGGCUUAGACAGAGGCGAUGGAAAGCGGCCCGACGGGGUGACAGCUUUCCCGUGGAAGAAUGGAAAGCCGCUAGUGUGGGAUGUUACCGUGGCAGACACUUUUGCCCAAACUUACAUCGGCCAGACGUCCAGAGCGCCGGGGAGUGCAGCGGAAAUCGGGAAAACCGAAAGUUAGGAAAGUACAGCGGGCUGGCAGAUCGCUACGUUGUUCAACCGCUGGCGUUCGAAACUACGGGAACAUUCGGACCGCUGACGAAGAAGUUCUUUAAGGAUUUGUCGAGAAAGAUCUGUGACUGUACAGGCAACCCUCGCUCAGGGGAGUUUUUGCGUCAGAAAAUAGGUAUCGAGAUUCAGCGAGGAAAUGCAGUAUCUGUUCUCGGUACUUUUAGUGACAUGGUGGAGAAGGAGGAUGUGUAUUUUGCCUUCAAAUUAGCUAAACGGCAAUGAAUGUCAAGGAUUGUUGUUUUUGUUACUUGUGUAAUACGCUAUGUAAUUCAA